AUGGCCUGUGCAGCCUCCCUGGCUGAGCUCCAAGCACAGGCCACCUGCCCCAUCUGCCUGGCUUACCUGAGUGACCCGGUGACCACUGAAUGCGGACACAACUUCUGUCACUCCUGCAUCCUCCAGUGUUGGGAAGGUCUCCAAGACACCUUCCCUUGUCCCACCUGCCUCCACUAUUGUCCCAACGAUGUCCUCCAUAGCAACACGCAGCUAAGCCACCUGGUUGACAUCGUCAUGCGGCUGGCAGGUUCUGAGAGCAAGAGGCAGCUGUGUGAGCAGCACGGUGAGGUCCUGAGCUUGUUCUGUGAUGAUGACCUGCAGCUGUUGUGCGCCCAGUGCAGGGUCUCUUCUGAUCACCACCAGCACCACCUCAUGCCCAUCAGUGAGGCCGCAGCAGCUCAGAAGGAGAAGCUGAACGACUGCAAGAAGCACCUGAAACGGCAGGCGAGAGACGCCAAGACAGAGUACCAACGGCAAAUUUCCAAGUCCAUUCAGCUGAUUCCUAAGAUACAAAAGUGGAAGGAGGAAUUGCAAUCGGAGUUUAGACAUUUUCAACACUUUAUGAGCAGCCAGUGCUCGGUGAGCAUCAGCCGUCUAUAUUAUGAUGAGAAAACCAUCGAAACCCAGCUGCUGGCCAACACAAGUGAGAUCUUGGAGCACCUCACUAUGCUGAAGAGUCUACUGAGUGAAAUGAAAGAGAAGACUCUACAAGCAGAUGUAGAUUUGCUGAGAGGGGUUAGGAGCCUUCAGGAGAGGUACACAGCCAUCCACCCCCCCAGAGUGUUUUCCUAUGAGUUAAUGGAGAAUAACCCUUUCCCUCCACAUUAUUUUGGCCUGGAGAAAAUGAUGAGCACAUUUCGGGUGGAUUUGACAUUCAAUCCUCAGUUUUCACAUCCUGUUCUGAAAGUCUCCCAAGAUAGAAAGACUGUGACGUUAGUGGGUCAAUCAGCUCCUUCUCCUUUCAGUGCAAUGAUCCACACCCAGGAGAGACUUCAAAACGGAAGGUUUUUUUGGCAAGUAGAGGUAAAAGGCACAGGGCAUUGGUCCAUGGGGGUGUUUCAGAAAUCUGCCUCAAAAGAUUUGAUGGUACCCUGCUUUAAGCGGGAAAGCCAUAAUAUUACCCAGCAUACACAAUCCAGCUUGGUGGAUAGGGUUGGUGCCUUUCUAGAUUAUGAGCUUGGAGAGCUUUCCUUUUAUGAUUUGAAAUGUCGAUCCUGCCUUCAUGUUUUCAAUUCUAAGUUUACAGGUGCACUUGUGCCAUUUUUCUCUAUGAGAUGUAUUUCUCCAUCCUUUCUUUCUAUCAGUUUUGACUAG